CUCUCAUACCUUCGCUUCCCUCCCUCUCUUACCUUCGCCUUCAGUUUCAAACAAAGAAAACCAACGCGCCGCCAUGCCUCCGACGGCAGUCGCGGCAGCUCUAAACACAAAAACCAACGCAGAGAUGAUGAAUCUCCACAGCAGCGAUGAAGAAGACGAUGGCGGCGACACUGCACCUAGGAAAUGGGUGGAAUGAGGCGGAUCUAAAAGGGGUCGAGUGGAAAUCCUAAUGGAGAAUCUCCAAAAAAUCAAGGAUUCUGCAAUGUGAAGAGCGAAUCGAGCAACAAAAACCUUCAAUCGGCGGAAGUGACGGUGGUGAGCGGCGGUAGAAAGCUUUUCAGUUCUAAGAUGAGUGUGGCUCAAGACGCUAACGACAUUGACGAUGGCACCUUGGAGAUAGGAAUGGUUGUAGGAUGUCUGUUUGCAUCAUCUGUUGCAAAAGAGGAAGCUACCAAGUUGGGGACUGUUAUUGGGAUAGAUCUUGGAACAACAUAUUCGUGUGUUGGUGUUUACAAGAAUGGCCAUGUUGAGAUCAUAGCCAACGACCAAGGUAACCGUAUCAUACCGUCAUGGGUUUCUUUCACCGAUGAUGAGAGAUUGAUUGGGGAGGCUGCAAAGAAUCUUGCAGCUGUCAACCCUGAAAGGAUUAUCUUUGAUGUCAAGAGACUUAUCGGAAGAAAAUUUAAUCAUAAGGAAGUUCAGAGAGACAUGAAGCUAGUUCCUUACAAGAUUGUCAACAAGGAUGGAAAACUAUACAUUCAGGUCAGAGUAAAGGAUGGUGAGACCAAGUUCUUCAGUCCUGAGGAAGUCAGUGCUAUGAUUCUGACUAAGAUGAAGGACACUGCUGAAGCAUUCUUCGGAAAGACAAUUCGUGAUGCUGUUGUUACUGUCCCAGCUUAUUUCAAUGAUGCUCAGAGACAGGCCACCAAGGAUGCCGGUGUCAUUGUCGGUCUCAAUGUUGCUAGAAUCAUCAAUGAACCCACAACUGCGGCCAUUGCUUAUGGAUUGGACAAGAAAGGUGGAGAGAAGAACAUUCUUGUCUUUGAUCUUGGAGGUGGUACUUUUGAUGUCAGUGUCUUGACAAUUGACAAUGGUGUUUUUGAGGUUCUUGCUACAAAUGGAGAUACCCAUCUUGGAGGUGAGGACUUUGAUCAGAGAAUAAUGGAGUACUUCAUUAAGUUGAUCAAGAAAAAGCAUGGAAAGGAUAUUAGCAAGGACAACAGAGCACUUGGCAAACUGAGGAGGGAGAGUGAGCGUGCCAAGAGAGCUCUCAGUAGCCAGCACCAGAUCCGUGUGGAAAUUGAAUCACUUCAAGAUUUCAAGCAUUACACCUGCUCAUUAUUGUGAUAUUUUCCUGAACAAAUUUACGACCGUGCAAUUUACUGGAGAGCUGAAGAAUUCCUCAAAGAAAAUGGGGGAAAUAGUGAAGAAGAUGAAUGUGAGAAUCUUGAGGAAGAAGAAAAUAUAAUGGGUGAAGAAGAAAACACUCAGCAAAAUGGAAGUAAACAAACUGAAGGGGCAAGUAAGAAAAGGACAAGGAGAAGAUCAAAAAGAAUAGUUGUGUUUUAUAUUAUCUAGUUAGCUAGUUCUUAGAAUUUUUUUUUGUUAUUUUGGGAUGACUCUUUUUUGAGAGAAACUUGUGUUUAUUUUAGCUCUUGUUUUGGAUCCCAUGGUUGUUUUGAAUUUGGGAUGACAUCAAAACUUAGUAUCCAACUAUUAUUAGUGGCACUACAAAAAAAAACUUACUUUUGA